GAAAUAUUUUUAAAAGUAUCAACUUAUUUUAAAAGCAUUUUUGUGAAUUUCUGUAUAAAAUCGCUAUAAAAAAAUGAAUUAAGCCUUGUGUGGCCAGUGGCCACUCUGUGUAAUGGCACAUGCAAAAUUUCUUAUCUGACAUUCCUCUUUCACACGCAGAGUUGUAUACAAAGGUACUAUUCUGAUUGGAGAAAAACGUGCAUAAACAAAGAGUGCGCGCAAAAAUUUUAAGAGCGUGAGAGUAAAACCAAAUAAACACUCAUUUUAAAUAGCAACUCACUCAAAAUAACGAACGAAAGUGAAAACAAAAACAUAAAUAAAAUCGUACAACAAAAUGAUGAAUGAAUGGAAUAAAAACAAAGUAGAAAAAUCAACAACAACUAACAAGCAAAGAAAUACGCAAAAAAGAAAUGGGAAAAACAACAUUCAAGAAAGAGUAAACAAAGCGAAAGAGGCGAAGAAAAAACUCACUCAAACAAAAACAAAGUGAACAAAAGCAAAAUAUGCUGGUUUUGCAGAGAAAAUCAGUUGUAAUUUUGUCGCAGUGCUGUCAAAUUGAUACAAAACGGCCGUGAGUUAAAAUCGAACGCACAAAGUUGUAGAAAUUUAAUAUAAAAAAAAAUUAAAUUAGAAAAUAAAAAUUAUAAUACAAAGAAAAAUUAUAAAUCUAAAGAAAAGAAGCGCAUGUUAAAUGAAAGUGUUUAUUUCAAAGAAAAUAAAGAUUUGAAGUGAAAUCUAAAUAAAUUUAAUAGUAAAAAAGAUCUGAAUAUCUAUUUGCUCUAGAAUAGAAAAAAAAUUCAUUGCAAAAUAAUUUGUUUACUACUUAAAAUCCAAUAAGAAUCUCUGAAAGUUUCAAGUGAAUCGAAAGAAAAAAGUUUUCCCAGCAGCAAAACAAGUGGAAUUUUUAUUAAGUUUAAAUGAAAAUUGUGUAAAAAAAAUCUUUCAAUAAAAAAAUAUCAUCACUACUUUCUCUUAAAGUAAUAUAAAUUAAAAUAUAAUUAAAAAUAAUCGUGUGCCAAAAUAAUUAAUAUUUUUUCCAUAAAUAAAAAAAUUCAUUAAAUUAAGUGCAAAAAAGUGUUACUUUUAAGUAAAAAUAAUUAUAAUCUAAUUAAAAAAAACUUAAUUUUCUUAUAAAAAAGAAAAUUUAAAAAGAAAAUAUAUAGAAAAUAUUUUUCAAAACUUACUGCUGCACAAUAGUGACUGAAACACACCAUAGGUUGUGUUUUAAAUAAACAAAAAAAUAAAACAAAACUUUUCUUCUUCCUUUAACAAAGUUUUUAAAAAACAGCCGUCAAACUGUGGGGUUCCGGGGCCUUUUUCCUUCCUCCACAAGGAAUGUAUUAUCCGCACAUGGUGCAGGCUAGUGUUGCGCCAUAUCCAGGCGCACCAACUGGCUAUCCACCAGCAGCGGCUCAAGUACAACAAACUACAGAUGGUUUAACCAUGUCUGUGGGCAGUGUCAAAAAUGAAUCGUUAGCACAGAUUAAAGCUGAACCUGCUGCAAACGCCGUCGCUGCUAAUAAUACAGGUGCCAAUAAUACAAAUGCUGCUGGUAUGGUUGCCACAAAUGCUGCCACUCAAAUGUAUUUGCAACAGAAAAAGAAUAAUCUGGCAACAUCACACAAUGCAUUGCAAUACGUGAAUGGUGGCAACAAUAACAAUUUAUCCGCAAAUCCACAAACAGCCGGAAAUGCUGCUGUUGCAACAACAACCGCUUCAGCAACUGUCACAACAGUAUUAGGUAUAAAUUCACAGCAACACCAGCAGCAGCAACAGCAACAACAACAAUCUGUUACACCUCAUACAGCUGCCUCUCUAAAUGGCCUAAAUCUGGCAACAGCUAAUACAACAAAUAGUUUAACAAAUGGCACUGGAAUUGGUAGCAGUGGAGUUGGCUCUGGCGGAGGCUUAAUAGUAGACAACAAAAGACAACAACAGAGCCUGCAACAAAAUCAAACUCAUUUCCAUCUUCACAAUACAAACACCAACAACCACCACAAUCACCAGCAGCAACAGCAGCUUCAUCAUACGAACAACACCCACCAACAGCAACAACAACACCACCAUCUUCAGUGUAAAUCAUCGCAACAACUGCUGCUGCAACAGCAACAACAAAACAAUGCCAGCCUAUCUUCAGUAUUGUUGAAAAUUGACAUUGAUACCACACAGUCAAUAGCCAGUAAUGCCGGUGGCGGUUCUGGUGGUGGAGGUGGUAUAAUAUCAGCAUCUUCCACAUUAUCCUCAACAACCACCGCUUCAUCAUCAGCCGCCGCAGCAGCAGCAGCGGCAGCUAAUAAUAAUGUAUCCUCAAGCCAAAGUCAAGCCAUCAAUGGCACCACAAAUACACUCGCUACCGCAGGCGGUACAGCUACAGAUGCCAAUAGUAAUAAUAGUAAUAACAACAACAACACUAACAACAGCAACAUAAGCACAACGAAUGGCAUCUCAUCAUCCACAAGCAAUGGAGAAUUACUAACACCUACUCAGCAACAACAACAACAGCAGCAGCAGCAACAACAACAGCAGCAGCAACAACAACAGCAGCAACAACAACAGCAGCAACAACAACAACAAUUAAUAGCCGCUAUUAGUCAACAUCAACAGCAUCAACAGCAGCUACAAACAACAGUCGGCUCAGUAAUUGCUGCCACAUCAGUUACAGCCACUUCAGCUGCCACUGGCCUUUUGCCGGCCGUCAUGUCAACAUCAAAUCAACCUGGCAUCGUUAAUACCUCAUCGAUAAUGACAUCAAUGGUGGGUGCUGGUGGUGUUCUGGCUCCAUCAUCGAGCACAGCUCAGGUGAUGGCAAAUUUAAAUGCUGCCGCAGCUGCUGGCAUUAUGACAUCGGCCACACCAAAUACACCGGUAGCAACUAGUCUCUCAAACGCUCUAGUCCCUCUGCACCAUCAACAGCAACAACAACAACAGCAACAUCAAAACUCAUGUACCACCGUUGCAACAAUAAAUUCAAAUGAUGCCAAAAAUACACCAAAACGUUUGCACGUUUCGAAUAUACCCUUUCGUUUUCGUGAUCCCGAUCUAAGAGCCAUGUUUGGGCAAUUUGGCACCAUACUUGAUGUAGAAAUUAUAUUCAAUGAACGUGGCAGCAAGGGAUUUGGUUUUGUAACAUUCGCUAACAGCAAUGAUGCGGAACGAGCACGUGAACGUCUACAUGGUACCGUGGUUGAGGGACGUAAAAUAGAGGUCAAUAAUGCAACAGCACGUGUACAAACCAAAAAAGUGACCACCGUUCCAAAUGUUGUACUGACAAAAGAUGGUGCCAUACCGGCUCCAGCUCUAGUUUGUGUACAAUGGCCUGAAGCUGCUGUAGCCGCUGCUGCUAUGCGCGGUGUGGCCAUACAACGUGGACAUGUCGGUGUCGUCGGUGCUCCCUUCAAUCCAGCUUUAGCUGCUGCUGUAGCCGCCCAGCAACAGCAACAACGUCAUGCAGCUGCGGUCGCCGCCGUUGCUGCCCACCAACAACACCAACAGCAACAACAACAUUUGGGCUUGCAACAGGCCUUACAUGCCCAAUCGACGGCUAAUGCGGCAAAUGCUGCCGCAGCAGCUGCCAUGCAACAACCCAGCGCCCAGCAACAAUUACAAUCCCUCGCUCAAUCGGCCUCAGCACCAAAUGCUUCCUCGGCUGCUGCCGUUGCGUAUGCAGCACGUCUUUCCACCGCUCAACCAGCUCAACCCACAGCAGCCUCAAUGGCUGCGGCUGCCAAUGCAGCAGCUGCUGCUAAUGCUGCGGCAGCUGGUACCACAUUGCAUGGAUAUGCACCUGUUUACUUUGAUCCCUACUUAGCAGCCGCUGCAGCUCAAGCUCAAGCUCAAGAUCCCAAUUUACGUUUUCAGGCAGCGAAACCGGUCACAGAAGUUCCAGCAGCACAGCCAGCCGCAAUUAUAAAUCGCCGCACUGUGACAACGCUAAACAGUAACCCACAUACGAUCAACCGCAUACCGGUACCACAGAAUGUUUUGGCUACUGGUCCUCUGUUAAAGACACCCUUGUCUCAGGCUCAACAAGCUUAUGCUACUGCUGCAACUACAUAUACUGCUGUGGCAGCUAGAGCAGCUUAUGGUGCUGCAGCUGCUGCAGCAGCUCAGCCAGCUUUGGCUGGUUAUGCCACCGUUGCGGGCUAUGCCCGAGAAUAUGCUGAUCCUUAUUUAGGACAUGGUAUUGGACCUGUUCCCGGCUAUGGGGCUACCAUGUAUCGUGGAGGAUUCAAUCGUUUUACGCCAUAUUAAUUUUUCAUUGAAAAUUGAAAACACAACAUUUAUUAUCAAAAUACUCAUCAAUUUUAUUGAAACAAAAAAAUAAUAAUAACAAACAUGCUAAGUUUUCAAUACUCAUCAUCAACACACCAGGGGUUUGCAAAACAUAAACCAUAACAACAACAAAUUUCAAUAAAUAAUGCUCAAUACAAAAUAAUUUAAAAGAAAUGAUAAAAUACUCAUUUAAAAAAAAAGAAGUAAAAUUUAAAAAUUUUUAUAAAAAAUACACAUGGAAAAUGGAAAACAAAAACACACGUUUAAAGUGCGUUGUUGAAUUAAGCAAACAAACAAAAGAAAAAAACAAAAGAAGUCUCAACAAAUUUUAGUAAGAUUUAUUAAAUGAAAUUACAAAUAUAUUUAGAUUACAAAACAGAUUUAAAAUACAAGUAGUUUUGUUCAAAUUCAAUGUCGUCCAGCAAAUUUAAAAACAGAAAAAAACAAGAAA